AUGAAUGUCUCCAUUGUGGAACAACACUUGCCACUCUGUGUUUUUGCAACUUUUCAUUGCUGUUACGCUUCAAUGGCAGAUCCAGUGCUUCACCCAGAGACCAACCCUCACCACCACGAGACACAACCCUUGAAGGAGAUAGCCAUCGACUACACCCCAGAAGCCUGUUCUCACUGCCCACACUCCAACACCAUCACCCUCACCUACGACCACCGCGGCGGCGCACGGUGGCGCACCACCACCCGCUUCCUCUACGGCACCUUCAGCACCCUCAUCCAGUGCCCCAAGGGCAACACAAGCGGCCUCAACUUCAACAUCUACCUCUCCUCCCUCGAAGGUGACAAAUCCCAAGACGAGAUCGAUUUCGAGUUCUUGGGCAAUGACAGGAACAUCGUACAAACAAACUUCUACACUGUUGGAACUGGGAACAGGGAACGGAUUCACCAACUGGGUUUCGAUUGUUCUGAUGGGUUCCACGAGUAUGUUAUCAAGUGGGGUUCUGAUUUGAUCGAGUGGGUGAUUGAUGGGAAAUUGGUGAGGAGAGAGGAGAGGAACGAGAGUGAAGGGUUCCCUCAGAAGCCUAUGUUUUUGUAUGCUUCUGUUUGGGAUGCUAGCUACAUUGAUGAGGGAAGGUGGACUGGGAAAUACCGUGGUACUGAUGCACCUUAUGUUUGUCUCUAUAAGGACAUUCGUGUCCCAUCUGGGACUGCACUUGAGUAA